UUAUUUAUUAUCCUCUUUUUUUUCUGCAUUCUUCUAUAAUACCCUUCUUCUUGUCGUAUUUUUUUGUGAUCCAACCCCCUAUGGAAAAUAUACACUCCAAAGGAACGAAGGAUGAGGAAAAAGAAGGGUACUUGAAGGAAGCUGGUGAUGAUUAUACUGCUUCUCAUUAUAUACUUCCACAUCUUCUCAAUUUAUAUGCAUCGCGAGCCAAGGCACAAGAUUUUGAGAUUUAUGCUCCAAAUGCAACGUUUGAAGAUCCCCUUAUGCGUGCAGAGGGGGUAAAGCAGAUAAAAUCGUCAUUUUAUUCGCUCGGGAAGGUCUUCAGUGAGUCAAGAAUCGUGGAGUACAACGUCACAGAGAAAGAAAUUUCCCCUGGAAAUAAAGAGAUUUUAAUUGACAACAAACAAUAUUACAAGUUCUUGGGGAAAGACAUUCAUAUGAUAUCACUAAUCAAGUUGUACACGGAAGGAGGAAAGGUUGUUCGUCAUGAAGACUGCUGGGAUAAGAAACCUUUACGGAAUAGGGAGACAGUGAAAGUACCACUUGUUGGACGUAUGAUUGAGGUAUCUCGAAGAGCUUCGAUGCUUUUGACACAUGCUCUAAUGGGGUUUGGAAAAGAUCCCUCCAUGUAAAUUGCAGUGCACUGUUUUUAAGUGUUUCAAUUAGUUUUUACCAUAUUGUACUAAGAAAUAUAUAUAUGUUUGCUUGAAAGUAUGUAAAGAUAAUUAUACAUUUGAUCCAUUUGGGCCUCCAUAGACAAUUUUCAUCCUAUUAUUUAAGUUAUAUAUAAAUUUUAGCCAGUAUUACUAAACUUAGG